AUGAACAAUAUGAAAGAGCGCGAUUGCGAAGAUCUCCCGGAUUAUUUGUGCAAAUUUCGCCACGUAGCCACUCAAGUCCGAGAAAUGAGCGAGUUGGACCAAAUCAUGUACUUCCUACGUGGACUUACAGGUCGUACGCGGGAGGAGGUUCAGUACCGUCGCUGUACAACACUUUUCGAAGCUAUUACUGUGGCAUUGGACUUUGAUCGCUCUCAUCCUCAGCGACAUUCCCGAGGAAUAUCGCACGAUAAAACAAGGUACAGGUCGUACGAAAACAGUUGUCGAUAUCGAUCGAGCAAUGGUCCUGAGCCAAUGGACAUUUGCAACGUGCAGAUCCCGUCUAGGGACGAAUGUCGCCGCCAAAAUUUGUGCUUUAAGUGCGGUAGUCCGAAUCACCGAUCCGCACAGUGUGAUCAUCGCCAACCACGAAAUGAUAGAGGAAACAAUCGUUCAGUUCGAAGCUAUCGGCAGCAUGUAGAUCGUCAGCAUGUCAAUAAUGUGGACAGCCGUGAGGACGAAGAGGACAACCAAGAAUUCAGUGUUUACGAUCGUGUCACGAUCAAUGCCGUGGAGGUCAGACGGAAGUCUGAGGCAGAACCUAUUUACAUCGUAUCAAGCAGCGUUCAAUCGGAUAUGCCAGCGCAGAGUCGACUUCUAGUGCGUGAUGGUGUCAUUGGAGGCAACUCCGUCAAGAUUUUGAUCGACUCUGGUGCAUCAACAAAUCUAAUCAGACCCGGUCUGGCAUCGAAAGUUUUAAGCGAAUAA